GCUGGGUAUAGUGGACACAGGGCAGAGGGACAGCGCACAGUGAGCGGGGGUGGGGUGUUGGACUGCUCCGCUAUGGGAAUAUAAUUACAAAACAGGCCUGGAAGCUGCCGCGUGCACUGGGAACGGGAGAAAUGUCCGUGCAAGACUUUAAGUGUCUGCGCCGGCCCGGGCGUUAACGCAUCAGGAGCUGACAGUUGGGUUGAAGUAGAGUUAUGGACUAUGAAGAGCCCCUCCUGCCUCCUGGUGACACCCUGAUCAAGAGAGAAGCAGUUCUGUCCAAGAAGACUCAUCUCACCCAGAUUGAAGUCAUCCCUUGUAAGAUUUGUGGGGAUAAGUCGUCAGGAGUUCAUUAUGGAGUCAUCACGUGUGAAGGCUGCAAGGGUUUCUUCCGGAGGAGCCAGCUGCCCUCAGUAUCAUACUCGUGCUCGCGUCAGAGUAACUGUCUGAUCGACCGCGCCAGUCGUAACCGCUGCCAGCACUGUCGUCUGAAGAAGUGCCUCGCCCAGGGCAUGAGCAGAGAUGCGGUGAAGUUCGGGCGUAUGUCUAAGCGUCAGCGGGACUCUCUGAUAGCUGAAGUGGAGAGACACAGACAGCAACAGCAGCAGCUCCAGGGACAGGCUCAGGCCGCCCUGUCGUACCCCUCCAAACCACUAGAGGAGCGCUCAUCACAGCACAUACAACCCAUGCCCUCCAUCUACCCAUUCACUGGAGACUACCCCGCGGACAUACACCCCUACCUCAUGUGCUCCCCUUCCGAGCCCUCCAUGAUCUACAGAGGGUCCCAGGGCAGCACACACCUGGACUCCAGGGGUUUUGAGUCCAGACAGAACUCCUAUGACCUGAUGUCCAUGUCUCCCUUCAGUCCUUUGGAUGAGUCCUACAGCCUCUAUCCUCACUCUCUGAGAAACAUAGAUGAGCUGUGUGUGAGUAUUGUGCGUUCCCACCGUGAGACGAGCCAGUACCGAGUGGAGGAGUUGCAUGCGCUGCGCUGGAAGUUGUUCAUCAAAGAGGAGGUCCAAGCCUUUCAGAGCAAAACAGUGGAUGAGAUGUGGCAGCACUGUGCGAUCAGACUGACAGAAGCAGUGCAGUACGUGGUCGAGUUUGCCAAACAUAUCCCAGGUUUCCGUAUCCUCAGCCAGAAUGACCAGAUCGCUCUCCUGAAGGCUGGUUCUAUGGAGGUGGUUCUUGUGCGUAUGAGUCGCUUCUUUAACCCUGAAAACAACACGGUCUACUUUGAUGGAAAAUAUGCAGGAACUGAAAUCUUCAAGUCACUGGCCUGCGCUGACCUGAUCUCAGCCGUGUUCGAGUUUGCUCAAAGUCUGUGUUCUCUGAAACUCACAGAGCAGCAAAUUGCUCUGUUCAGCGCUUUGGUGCUCCUCAAUGCAGACCGCCCGUGUUUGGAGGACAGAGCCCGAGUGCAGCGAGUGCAGAGAGGCAUUGAACUGGGACUGUCUCAUAUUUUACAGCGAGAUAACCAGGAGAGUCUAAUGCAAAAGUUGUACCAGAGGAUGUCGCUGCUGCGUUCUCUCUGCAUCCUGCACACAGAGAAACUGCGCUGGUUCAGUCAGCGUCACCCGCACACGGCGCACUCCCUGUUCCCUCCUCUGUACCGUGAACUCUUCACCUCUGACACAGAGCAGCAACAACCAAACUCACUCUAGAAACAUACGCAGAGAAGAAAUAUAUUUUUCUAAACAUAAAGCAAAGAAAUUCACUCAUAGAUUCUAUUUUCUUAUUAGUAGUUUUUAGAAUAUAUGUGUUAUUUCUAUGAAUUUAUAUAGACCUAUUUAACUGUUAUAGGCCUGCAUUGUACUCAAGAUACAAUAGCUUUACAUAAAAUUAAACUUAAAACAGUAUUUAAAUUGGACCCCUCACAUGAGAACGUUGCAGCUCAUAUGAAUAUCCUCUGUAUUGCUUUGUUACAGCUUACAUCAGUAGAUUUUGGGC